AUGUGGAGUGCUAGUCCUGUCACUUUUCCCGUUACAUAUCAAAUGCCAACGCAUGAAAACUGUAAUAGGGUGGUUAGAGGUAGGGGAGGUAGAGGAGGGAGGACGAUUAAAGGAGGUAGGGUAUCUAGAGGAGGCAGAGGAGGCAGAGGAACUGGAACCAGGGCGGAUACAUCAAAGCAGCAGGUAUCAGAAGAAAAUUGCGUUAGCCCUUGGGCAGUGGCAGAUCCCAGCGGGUGGAAUUAG